CUCCCUUUCUCUACUCAUGGCAUAUGUUUCAUAUAUGGUUGGCCCAUUGGUGUCUCAUAACGCAACAAUGUGUAAAUGUUUGGCAAUCCUUAUUCAUUACUUCUAUCUCAGCUCUUUGUUUUGGAUGAACAUCAUAAGUAUUGACAUGUACAAAACAUUCAGGCCAAGUUCAAUCAUGAUUCGAAGUGGGUCCUCAAAGAAAUUGAAAACCCUCGUAAUGUACUCACUUUACGCAUGGGGGUUUCCUGUUAUUAUAGUCACUACAUCCCUUGUCUUAGACACAACAAGCAUUGAUCAAAAUUUCAAACCAAUGUAUGGUAUUGGAAUAUGCCAACUGACAAAUGUGAAUCCAAGGAUAAUAUUUUUCAUGACUCCUAUUGGGUGUAUCAUCUUGAUCAAUAGCAUCCUAUUUGGUAUUGUCAUCUAUUCUCUCCGUCAUACUCUUAAUGAGACAGCCCAUGUAAAAGCAAAGCAAGACCACCAGCUCUCUGUCUACAUCAAAUUGUGUGUGCUAAUGGGAAUUACAUGGCUGCUAGGCUUCAUUGGAAUGUUUAUCAAUCUGAAUAUCAAUUGGUAUUUCUUUACAUUUUUCAAUGCCUCUCAAGGGGUCUUCAUAUUCAUCAGUACAGUAUCAAGGGGGGUAUGUUCCCAGAAGGCAACAGUUAAGUCAAGUAAACAAAGAAAUAAUCACUUGCCAACAACAAUGGUGUAAAUAUCAUGUAUUUUCAAAUAUUUACUCUAAAAGUACUGUAUGUUAAAAUGUCAUAUGUUGUUAAUUGUUACAUGUACAUUGUAUAAUGUAUUGUACAGUUUAUUUCAUGACACAUAUAUACAUGAGGUCAUAGUAAGAUGACUGAAGUUAUAGGGGAAAAAACAUUAUAAUUUAAUAAAACUUUCUGUACAUAUAUAUAUUUUCCUAAAAAGAGCUGGUGGAUUUGUUUGUGUACAAUUGUUUUGAAAUAUUGGGACUUUUAAUUUUGAUCGAAAUAAAUCAAAUUAUUGACCUUGUAUUGUACUAUUUGUGAAAUAAAUGCAUAAAUCAAAAAAUAUUUGUUCAUAGUUUCAACUGUAAAGUAGCAAUAAUUGUUUAUUCUUCUUAAAAUAUUGUAAUAUAUUUUUGAAUACUUACUCUGAAAUAAUGUCAUCUUCAUUUUCUCUAAGUGCCCCAAUGAGGAAUGUAACGAGGGCGUAAAAUGCAGACCUGACUCUGGAUUCUAUAUCCAAACCACAUCCCUCCAGGCCCUCUGCAUAGUGCUUGGCGAACAUCCCCUGGUAGGAUAGCAUCUCUUGCAGAAAGAUCACAUUCGGGACCU